AUGGAGUAUUGUCGCAAGGGUGAGCUGUGUCAGCACCUCAAGAAGCGCUCCAACAUGGCAAUGAUGAUUCCCGAAGACACGAUUCUCAACUGGUUCGUGCAGCUCGUGCUCGCGUUAGAGUAUCUUCACCAUAAGAACAUUCUCCACCGAGACGUCAAGGCGGAGAACGUGUUUCUUCGCAGCCGUCACGACACGCCGCUGGGUAACGCGGCGACGGUGCAGCUGGGCGAUUUCGGCAUUUCGCGAAUGCUGGAAGCCCACGAGGCGGUCGCGCGAAGCUUCGUGGGCACGCCGCUGUACAUGUCGCCCGAGCUGAUCCGGAACGAACCGUACGACCAUAAGUCAGAUAUAUGGGCGCUGGGUUGCAUCCUGUACGAGAUGAUGUGCUUCACUAAGCCCUUCCCCGCUACAAGCAUACGCGACCUUGUUCUGCGAGUGCUCAAGAGCAACUACCGCCCUCCUCCCCACAU